UGUCAAUAUUUGUCUGUCAUAUAUUUUCUUUUGUGUUAUUGGCAUGAUUUUGUCGUAUUUUAUCUUGUUUUAUGUAAGAAAAAAAACACAACCCAGUUGAUUAAGUUUUGUAAUAAUGUCGUAGACGGGUAGACAGUUAUAUUCAGUGUAUAUUAUUAUAAAUUAAUGGAGUUGAAGGUCUGGGUGGAAGGAAUACAAAGGAUUGUUUGUGGGGUCACAGAGACCACUACUUGUCAGGAUGUAGUUUUUGCUUUGGCCCAUGCUACGGGCAAAGUGGGCAGAUUCACUUUGAUAGAAAGGUGGCGAAAUAACGAACGUCUCCUGGCUCCUCAAGAAUAUCCACUUAAGAUUCUGUCAAAAUGGGGUGAAUACUCAAACGACAUACAAUUUAUAUUAAGAAGAUCUGAUUCUGGUAAUAGCCAGAAGUCUCUACAGAACACCAGCAACACUAGGUCUCCUAUAGGAAAUGGCAGCCAUAACACAUCAAAUCCAAAUAUGUUGGAAAGUCAAAACUCACCAAAUAGAUUAAAUGCAACACCAACUUAUAGCAAUAAUAACAUAAAUAAUACAUCCCCGAGUAAUCCUGUUGGAGUGGUGAAGGGUGUGCAACAAACCAAGAUGCUAGAAUCUGAUAGUCCUGUAUUGAAGGAUGUCCCACCUUAUAGAGAACCACCACCUCCUUACCGUUCACCACCACCGCCAUCACAAGCUUUACGGAAAUCUCCAAAUCGUAUGCGCGGCAAUCGGUCAGCACAUAUGUCACCCGUCAACUUACCCGAGGAGAGUGCUGAGAGAAGCCCAGAAGCAGUCAGUUACAACAGCCAGUACAGAGAGCUUGUGUCACUGGUUAACUAUCAAAGAGAGAAAUUGUCAAGCCAACAAGUUGAUCUUAUUAAGUAUGAUGCUGAAAUUGGUUACUGGGAAAACAAAGGUCGCGAGCAGGAUCGGCAGGUGGAAUUGUUGCAACAGCAAAUUAAUUCUGCCGACAACCAACUGCGCAUUAGCACUGAACAGGUCCAGGCUUUAAAUUAUAUAGAAGAGGAAAGCGAAAUAGUCAAACAGAAUGAGAAGACACUGAAAUCUGAAAUAGUACUGGUACGGUCGAAGUUAGCUAACUGUGAGACUGAGCUAUUGCAAUGUAAGAACAAAAUACGGAAGCUCAUGGAGGAAAUUCACAACGAACAGCGUAUAUUAAAUAGUCGUCAGCAGGAAAAUCGACAAGCAUUGGAGAGAUCAAUGCUCGCCGAAAUGGAAAACCUGCAGAGUCAGAUACAGCAAGCCAAACAUGCCACUGAAAUAAAUCAUCUCACAGCUGAAAAUUUAAAGCGCGAGGUCGGUGUAUUAGAAGAUGCAAUUAUGGAGAAGAAGCGUCAGGUAGAACGGUUAGUUCAGGAGAUGAAGGAAGCGAAUCUUCAAAGCCUGACGGGCAGCGUGGAUGAACUCCGUCACCCUUUAGACGGUUUGUGCAAAGCAGGUAGUGCACGUAGAAUUAUAGGAUCCCCACGCCAGUUGGAAAACGCAGCUCCUACAAAUAAGAAUCCACAUGGAGUUUGGGUAUAACAAGGACCUAGAAAACAAUAAAUCAAACUGAAAAUUACUUACUUAUGAAAUAUAUAUAAUCAUAUACGUAAAACUUACGAUGUUGAAACCGAUCUUGUGUUAGUAUAAUUUAUUCAUAUUUGUGUUCAAAUUAGUGUCAUAUUGGAAUUUAUAUGUCUCAAGUUAAGUAAUUAUAAUAUUAACUUUUAUAGUUGUUUUUACAAAUAUCAAUUGAUAUUUUAGCCUGAUGAAAGUAUUAUCUUGUCUUGCCGUUUAUUUUUUAGGAUUAUACUUUGAAUAUCCCACUUUGAUUUGUGUGUGAACAUGUUAAGAAUGAGUAGAUAAUUAGUUUAAUCGAAGAUAAUAACGUGUGUGAACUAGUAAAUUAUGUUUUUUGGUACUUGUAACUUUUGUUUAGUGUCAUUGAUUGCAUUUUAGUUUUUAUUGGUGUUUAGUAAAUGUUGUAUAUUAAUAAUUCGAACCUGAAUUGACGUGGUGAUACUUACUCACCGAUAUUUAGAUAUAAUAGAAAAUUUAGAUACUAAUUUAUAUUAUCAGUUUACCAUUUGAAGCUCUUUAUAUGAUCAUUGUAUUUAAGAAAGAUAUUUUACAUAAUUUUAUGUGUAUUGCUGUUCUAAAUACUUGAAUGACGAUCUACUUUAAUACAUGUUAUGAAUAAUUUGCAAUAUAUAAAUAAUUAUAUUGUUAAUAAUAAUCUAGUCGAAAAUAAAAGCCAUUGCAAUAUUAUAGAAACCAACAUAAUUUUCAUGUACUUCAUUAGAAAAUUCGUGGCAUUUAUGGUACAGUACCUAGGUAUAUUAGAAUUAUGAGGAUUAGAAAACCGUAUUAGAGAUAAGCAUAUUUUAUAGUUCUUGCUGAACAUUGCGGAAGUAUAUUUAUUAAAUUUUGAAUAUUAUUAUUACUAUGCAUGGUUACUAAUAGUAUUUAG